AUGAUGAAGAGCAGGGGAAGUUUCAAGAAGAGGAAUCGCACUCUCACCAACCGAUGCAAGAGCAGCCGCUCAGAGGCCCAACAACACCACCACCACGUCCCAACAAAUGCCUUCCUCUCCCUCGGCCUCCAAACAAGCACAGCAAUCGCCCUGCACAAAAUCCCCGAAGGCUUCAUCACAUACGCCACCAACCACGCCAACCCUACCCUCGGCUUCUCCAUCUUCCUCGCCCUCUUCAUCCACAACAUCACCGAAGGUUUCGCUCUCGCUCUCCCCCUCUACCUCGCCAUCGGCUCCCGCUGGAAAGCCAUGCUCAUCUCUGCCGUCCUAGGUGGCGUCAGUCAGCCACUCGGUGCUGGUGUCGCAGCGCUGUGGUUCAAGAUUCAGGGUAGGGGUCGGGAGCACGGCGCUGAUGAGGGCAUGGAUACUAUUUACGGAUGCAUGUUUGCAGUUACUGCGGGGAUUAUGGCGAUGGUGAGCUUGCAGCUGCUGGGCGAGAGUCUGGAUUUGACGAAUUCGAGACGCUUGUGCUUUGUUAGUGCGUUUGCGGGAAUGGGGAUACUGGGGUUGAGUAGUGCACUUACGGCGUGA